AGCCGGCCCCGCGCGCGCGCCCCGUGCACCCCCGCGCCUGCGCGCUGCCCAAAAAAAAAAAGUGUGUGGGGGGCGCUGCAGGCCCCGGGGGGGUGGGGAAAAUAGGGGAUAAAAAAAACAGCGCGCGGAACCGGGCCAGGGUUGCCCACCCCAAAAAAAAAAACCUCUGGGGUGGAAGUCCUGCGCUUCCAGCUGCCUGGCCACGAGGCCGCUAAAAAAAAAAACAUGAACCAGCUCCGAGCAGAGGAGCGGUUCUGCGACGUGACCAUUGUGGAAAAAAAAAAAAAGUUUCGAGGCCACAAGGUCAUCUUGGCCGCCUGCUCACCGUUCCUGCGGGACCAGUUCCUGCUGAACCCCAGCUCAGAGCUGCAGGUCUCCCUGAUGCACAGUGCACGCAAAAAAAAAAACCUGCUCCUCUCCUGCUACACGGGCGCCCUGGAAUUCGCUGUUAGGGACAAAAAAAAAAAACUGACAGCCGCCUCCUACCUGCAGAUGGAGCACGUGGUGGAGAAAUGCCGAAAAAAAAAAAGCCAGUUCAUUGAGCCCAAAAUAGGCCUCAAAGAUGAUGGGGUCAGUGAGAAAAAAAAAAAGAGCAGCGUAAGCGCCACCAAGUCCCUCCUCCCUCCAGCCAGGACCCCAAAAAAAAAAAAAAAGCCCCCACCCCCACCUCCUCUACCCCCUCCACUCCUGCGGCCAGUGAAAAAAAAAAAAACACUGGAUGAGGACUUGGAGCUGAAAGCGGAGGAAGAGGAUGAGGAUGAGAAAAAAAAAAAGUCUGACAUCUGCAUCGUCAAGGUGGAGUCGGCCCUGGAGGUGGCACACCAAAAAAAAAAACCUGGAGGCCUGGGAGGGGGUCUGGGCAUUGGAGGCUCUGUGGGUGGCCAAAAAAAAAAAAUGGCCCAGAGCAGCGUGCCCCCCAGCACUGUAGCCCCACCACAGGGUGUGAAAAAAAAAAACUAUAGCCUGUCCGAGGACGCAGAAGGGGAGGGCCUGCUGUUGAUUCCUGAAAAAAAAAAAAGCGUGGGGGCCACCUCGGGCCUGGUGGAAGCAGCAGCGGUGGCCAUGGCUGCCCGGGGGGCGGGGGGCAGCCUGGGGGCGGGGGGCAGCCGGGGACCCCUGCCUGGGGGAAAAAAAAAAAAAAACCCCUUAAAGAACAUCAAAUGCACCAAGUGCCCGGAAGUGUUCCAGGAAAAAAAAAAACUGGUCUUCCACAUGCGGGCGCAGCACUUCAUCUUCAUGUGCCCUCGCUGUGGCAAGCAGUUCAACCACAGCAGCAACCUCAACCGCCACAUGAACGUGCAUCGUGGUGUCAAGUCACACUCGUGCGGCAUCUGCGGCAAGUGCUUCACACAGAAGUCCACCCUGCACGACCAAAAAAAAAAACACUCGGGAGCGCGGCCCUACCGCUGCUCCUACUGCGACGUGCGCUUCGCCCACAAGCCUGCCAUUAGGCGGCACCUCAAGGAGCAACACGGCAAGACCACGGCCGAGAACAAAAAAAAAAACAGUGUGGCCGAGAUCAACGUCCUCAUCCGCUAGCCGCGCAGGCGUGGAGGCCAGGAGGCUGGGGUCCCUGGGCUGGGUGGGAAAAGGGCUCUUUGGCCCAGGAGAAUUGGAAAAAAAAAAAUCUGGGGCAGAAAGGUAAGAGUAGGAGGCUGAGCAGAUGCACACAUCCUGAAAAAAAAAAAAUGAUUCCUUGGAGAGAAGACUGUUGCUCUUCAGAGUGCAAGAAGCUGGAAAAAAAAAAAAGGUUCUUGGAGUAGGCCAGGGAAAUACGGGGUCCCAGAGAAAGAUUUCCUUCUCUUAGAGGUGCAUGUGUAUGUGGAGGGAGGGAAAAGGGUCCUAUAUAA